AUGGCCAACUCCCCUUCCUCCAACUCCUCCAGCUCCAUCUCCGACCAUGUCGCUCCCCAGCCCGCUCCAGCGUCAGUCGUGCAGACGGUGAACAUCCAUUCUCAUGUUCCUGUGUUGCUCAACAUGAACGAGUCCAACUACAGUCAAUGGCGCUGCUUCUUAGACUCCGUCCUCCACAAAUUCAGCCUAGACGCGCACGUGCACUCCCCACCGCCACUGCACCAGCGCAACACUGAGUGGAGGAUGAAUGACCACAGCGUCAUCAACUGGCUCUACACCACUGUCACGAAGGAUGUCUUCGACCUCAUCCACAAGCCAUGUUCCUCGGCCUUCACUGUUUGGAACACCAUGGAGGGCCUCUUCUGCGACAACGAUCUCCAACACAUCGUCUACUUCAAGGUUGAGUUCCGCAGUCUCCAACAAGGUGACAUGAACAUCUCCCAUUAUUGCACCCGGCUCAAAACGCUCACUGACAACCUUCGUGACAUCGAAAAGCCCAUCUCCGAGCCCAACCAGGUACUCAACAUGCUCCGUAAUCUCAACCCCAAGUACCGCCACGUGAUCCCUAUCAUCAAAUCCAAAUUCCCACCCCACACCUUCAUGAGUGCCCGUUCUUACCUGCUGAUGGAGGAGCUCCAUGAACUCCACAAUGCCAAGAUGGAGGUCGAUCAGGCCUUCUUCGCUAGCCAUGGCGGGUCCCCUUCCUCAGCCUUUGGACCUGCUGACGGUGGCUCUGGCUCCGGCUCCAACCGGAACAAGAAUUGUAACAAAAAGUGCGGUCGCGGCUCCGUCUUUAACUAUGGCUCUAGCAACUCUUCUGCUACCAACGGCACUGGCGGCGCACCCCAGUAG